UCAGAGUCUAUUCCAUCGUGAAAACUGAUGCCAGCCGUUAGAUUCUACGCUCUCUUCGACCUUCUGACUCGAUUUAAGGUGGUUUGGCUCCAGUAACCAUGGUUGUGUUGUCUUCAGCCCCAACCAAUAGGGUUUUAGGAUGCUAACUCAGUUUCAACUUGAACAAUGUGACCAAGUAAAAAUCAAAUGGAUUGCUUCUUUUUUCCUCUUCUAAGCUUCGGUUACUGUUAGGUCUACCUAGUAAAAUUGCAAUUACUGUUCUAGAUUAUCAAAUCUAUUCACUUUUCUUUUACAUUUCCCUUUUAACAUUUUUUUUAUCUCAGGUAAUCGUCGUCGUUUGUUUUGUAGACCAUAAUUUCCCGUUUUUAUUUUUUCCCCGUCAUUUUAUUUUUCAUUUUUUCUCCUUAUUUUCCUAAGAAAGCUUCUGCCUUUUCGUACUCCUUCCUCUGAUCCUUGCCGGGAAAUGUAAAAAGUUUUCGUUUCUGUGCAUUCCCUUUUUCUUUUUUGAGUCAAUACUGUUUGGAUUUGAAGUUUUUAUUUUGUUUUAAUAAUCAGUCUUAUUUAGGUCCAAACCACUUUUUUUGGGGUGGGGGUUUGUAUUUUUUUGGAAACUGAAAAGAGUUCCAUAGUGAGAUCAUGGUUAUGUAUUGAAAAUAGAAACUUCAAAUUUUCGAGUAAUUAGGUUUUCUGCAAGUGUUUUUCUCUUUGACCGUUUUGUAAGAGGGUGAAGAUUCUCUGGUAGACUUGGAGGAAAUUGAUUACGUAGCCUUAGAAAGAGAGAGAGAGAGGGAGACAUGAAUUGUUUUCCAGAUGAGGUGAUUGAGCAAAUAUUUGGCUAUGUGACUUCACAGAGAGACAGGAAUGCCUUGUCUCUGGUGUGCAAGAACUGGCACAAAUUAGAGAGAUGCAGUAGGAAGAGUGUGUUCAUAGGGAAUUGUUACUCCAUUAGUCCUGAGAGAGUGAUAGAAAGGUUUCCUGAGCUAAAGUCCUUAAAUUUAAAGGGAAAACCUCAUUUUGCAGAUUUUAAUUUGGUUCCUCACGGUUGGGGUGGUUUUGUGUAUCCUUGGAUUGAAGCACUGGUCAAGAGCAGGGUUGAUUUGGAGGAGCUUAGGCUGAAGAGGAUGGUGGUUACAGAUGAGGGCUUGGAUCUACUUUCCCGUUCUUUCAUGAAUUUCAAGUCUCUGGUUCUUAUUAGUUGUGAAGGGUUCACCACCACUGGCCUCGCAACUAUAGCUGCAAAUUGUAGGUUCCUCAGGGAGCUGGAUUUGCAGGAAAAUGAAGUUGACCACAGAGGGCAGUGGCUAAACUGCUUUCCUGAUUGCUGUACAACACUUGUAUCUCUUAAUUUUGCCUGCCUUAAAGGAGAGAUUAAUCUGGGGGCUCUUGAGAGACUUGUGGCCAGAUCUCCUAACCUUAAAAGCUUAAGGUUAAACCAUACCGUGCCCCUCACUGCACUCCAAAGGAUAUUGAUGCUAGCACCUCAACUAGUGGACUUGGGUAUUGGGUCAUUUGUCCAUGAUCCACAUUCUGAUGUCUGCACUAGGCUGAAGAACACCAUUAAAAAGUGCAAGUCAAUGACCAGUUUGUCAGGAUUUUUUGAAGUUCUUCCUGGCUGCCUUAGAACUAUAUAUCCUGUNUGA